GGGACCCCGUUCAAAUAAUUUCGUUCUCAACAUGAAGUGCUCAACGGUUGUGAAGCAUUGCUGCUUUUGUGUCGACCAUGCCGAAGGCGUGAAGGUCCUGGCCAUUCUGUCCUUGUUUGAGUGUGUGGGCUUUGCCAUUGCCAGUGGGGUGUAUGCCGAGAGGAACUACUCCAAAUCCGUGGGAUUGUUCUCGCUACUCAUCUUCCUGAUCAUCUUCUUCGUCUUCCUCUUCGCCGCUUCCCUCGUGUUGCUAUUGGCCAUCUUCAAACAAAGGCGGGAACUCUUUGUCCCUUGGCUACUCCUCUACGGCCUCAAGAUCAUGGUGGAAUUCGCCUUCAUCCUGAUCUACUCUGUGGUGGUCUUCCAGCCUUUAGAUAUCUAUUAUCACAUGUGGGAGUUCAUGAUGGGAUCGCUAGCCACGGCCUUCUACCUGGGUCUCAAGAGCUAUUUCUGGGUCACAGUCAACGAGUUGGACAAUCGGAUUCGUGAUCGAACCUGCGUGUCCCUGGUCAUUUAAGACGGAUCAAUCGAGACGAGGGCAACAUGUUCGAGAAUGGUUUUUA